AUGCAAUAUGCACAGACUCUAGCAGACGCGGCUGCUGCAGCAGCGAAGGAGGUCAUCGAGACUACCGAUGCAAGCGGCUUAAGUCCAUUGGGUGAGGAGGAAAGGAAUACACCAGGAGAGCAAGAGGCUAGUUUCACUGCUGUGACAGGCAUACCGAGCCUGCCUGAGUCUGGACUGCCCAGAACGAAUGGGCAGAUUCUGCAAAUGACAAUUGAUGGAAAGGCUCAGUCAAUGGCAAAAUCCACUGGAUCUCUAAACAGUAAAUAA